AUGAAACUGGCUACCAUUUUGUCUGAAUAUAAAAGUUAUAUUAAAAUGUGGAUUGAAGUAAUGGUAGUUAAACCUCUGUUAGAAUUCUUAAAUCAAAAGCCUAAAGAAGUCGAUAUUAAAAUUGAAAAACCGUCACCAGAUAUUCAAAUUUUAUGGGAUAGGUUUAUUAGAAAUAAAGGAGCAAAAGGUUUUUAUAUGCUUUAUUUUCAAGUUUCAAGGCAUCUAAAAGAUAAUAAGUCAUCACCUAGUCAAGUAACAAAGAUAAAAAGAACAAGUCCUCAACCUGAGUUUGAUGAGAUUAAAGCAAAAGUUAAUAUUAUUCAUAAAAAUUAUAUAAAAAAUGAAAAAAAUCCAUGGAUAAUCAGUGUUGCAAAUAAAAACAUAAAUAUUAUUAAAAAGCUCUAUGAAAAACUAACAAUGGAAAGACUCCAAUCAAUGGCAUUUAAUAAUCCAUUUCUUUCAAUGAUUCUUGACUUGGAUAUAAUUGAUGAAUUUAUUACUGAAUGUUUUACACAUGAUGUGUUGUUAAACCUUUCAAAAAUUAACAAUAUUAAUUUUCUUCCAUCAAGUACAAUAAAAGAAUAUAUUGAAAGAAACACCACAUAA